AAGCAGCCUGGAGAGUGCAAUAGCAAGACCAGCAGCAGUUCAUCAGGGAGUAAAGACGACAGAGAGUCAGAAGGAGAACAAGAUGCUGGGUCACAAGAAAAUGAGGGUGGUACUGAACCCAAAGAUGGCAUAAGUGGAAAGCAGCCUGGAGAGUGCAGUAGAAAGACCAGCAACAGUUCUUCAGGGAGUGAAGACGACAGAGAGUCAGAAGGAGAACAAGAUGUUGUGUCACAAGAAAAUGAGGGUGGUACUGAGCCCAAAGAUGGCAUAAGUGGAAAGCAGCCUCAAGAGUGCAGUAGCAAGACCAGCAACAGUUCUUCAGGGAGUAAAGACGACAGAGAGUCAGAAGGAGAACAAGAUGCUGGGUCACAAGAAAAUGAGGGUGGUACUGAACCCAAAGAUGUUAUAAGUGGAAAGCAGCCUGGAGAGUGCAGUAGCAAGACCAGCAACAGUUCUUCAGGGAGUAAAGAUGACAGAGAAUCAGAAGGAGAACAAGAUGCUGGGUCACAAGAAAAUGAGGGUGGUACUGAACCCAAAGAUGUUAUAAGUGGAAAGCAGCCUGGAGAGUGCAGUAGCAAGACCAGCAACAGUUCUUCAGGGAGUAAAGAUGACAGAGAGUCAGAAGGAGAACAAGAUGUUGUGUCACAAGAAAAUGAGGGUGGUACUGAACCCAAAGAUGUUAUAAGUGGAAAGCAGCCUGGAGAGUGCAGUAGCAAGACCAGCAACAGUUCUUCAGGGAGUAAAGACGAAAGAGAGUCAGAAGGAGAACAAGAUGUUGUGUCACAAGAAAAUGAGGGUGGUACUGAGCCCAAAGAUGGCAUAAGUGGAAAGCAGCUUGGAGAGUGCAAUAGCAAGACCAGCAACAGUUCUUCAGGGAGUAAAGAGGACAGAGAGUCAGGAGGAGAACAAGAUGUUGUGUCGCAAGAAAAUGAGGGUGGUACUGAGCCCAAAGAUGGCCUUGGUGGAAAGCAGCCUGGGGAAUGCAAUAGCAAGACCAGCAACAGUUCAUCAGCGACAGCGUUCAAAAGCGACAGAGUGUUGGAAAGAGAACAAGUUGAGGGGUCAGAAGAAACUGAGGGUGGUUUUGAUGGUGAUGGAAGUGGCAGUGGUGAUGCCAGUGGUUAUGGUGGUGGGGAUGAUGAUGAUGAUGAUGAUGAUGAUGGUGAUGAUGAUGAUGAUGAUGAUGAAACACAGAAGAAAGUGAAGGUAGAAGUGAAGAUGUAAUAGUAAAUAUUUACAAUAUUGGUUUAAUUUUGUAGCAACUACAAGGCUGUCAUAAAGAGCUGGGAGCUGGGGAUUUCCCCCAGCUACUAUGCAUGUGGCCCCCGGGCUACUUUGGUAGGAAAACAGAAAAAAAACAGAUCCAAAAGAAAUCCCUAGCUGUUUGAUUCCCCGUUAACUUGUUGUAUUUACCCAGAAACUGGAAAUCCAUCCUAACAUCCCUGAACUAGCACAGGCUUUACCCUACACUCAUUAGACAAGUAUUUUUCUGAUGGCGGGUUCAACAGAUUUCUGCGUCUUAAAAUUGGAUUCGAACGUAGGAAACCAAACUCAUGCUCCAAGAUUAUUCCAAAGCAUUGCAUUACAUGGAACAGUUGAUGGAACAUAUUAUAAAACUAUGAAGCAAAUAAUGUUAACGAGUCUACAUUUUGCUUCAAAUUCUUCAAAUAUUUCUUUCUUUUCUUUAAUGAAAAUCAACAUUUUGUUCAACUAAAAAUGCAUUUUUUUACAAGGCUAGAGUUCGGUGAUUUUAUGGAUGUAUUUUUUGCAGCUUUACUUUGGUCCUUCAGAAAUGGAACAUCCUGGUGUGAAGGAAUAUGAGUUUCUUUUGUUAAAACUAAGUGUCAGUGGGAUGCAAAAUUUCUGAUUUGUCAUCCUUGAAACAUUCCUGGCACCUUAGAUAGAGGUUAUAGAAAAACAUACCUAUGCUGACAGCCAGAAGAUAAUAAUUUUAUUACCCAUGUCUAUUUUACUAUGUUUCUACUUUAUUGUCUUUCUAAGUUGUAGUGUAUUGAUUUUGGUUGUGAUGAAAUUAAUAAGGGUUAUGAAACAAGUCCCUUGCAUUGUUAGGUUCAUCAAGACUUGUCCUUCCAGUUACAGUUUGAUUGUAUCCAGUUUCUUAGCAUGUCAAAGCUUCCCCUCUCUGAUGAAAAAACCGUGCACCGUGCAUUGACUGUAAGGCUGAGGUAAGUCAUGCGUAAAACUAUUUGUCAAAUUUUUUUCUUUUUAUUUUCCAAAAGCAAUAAGGUUAGUUUAACGAGAUGGAGAAAAUCACCUAUCCAGCUUCUAGCCAAGUGUGUGAGCAUGGUUUCCAAGUUAUAGAUGGGGGAUUAUAGCCUUCAUCUGGAUCGAUUAGUGUGAAUGUCUCGCUGUUACAGAAACUCAAGUAAAGAUUCUAUUAUAGGGGUUCCUGUUGUUUUGUUUUCCAGGGAAGGCAGAGAGGCAGUUACUGUGCUUACUGGGCUAGAUGACCAGCUGAAUGACUUGAUGAAGUAUAUCCCAGAAGUGGCUUCGUCUUGCAUGGUGAGAUGGAAAAAAAGAAAAUAAACUUGGCAAAAGGGCAAGAGAUUUGUUCAGUUCACAAACCCCGUGCUGUCAAGAAUUAGACUAAAAUUAGUUGGACAAAUUAUAUUGUUAAGAAUUCUUUUUAACACCAGCAAACUUGCCUCACCCAUUUGACAACUUACAAUAUAAACGCUCUUACUUGCCGAACUUAUCAUCAGAUGGGGCGGGAUAGUAACUUAACAAAGUUUUACAUGGGGAGGCUCCGACUCGAGAUCCAGACCCCUUAGAACCCCUUAUUUUUGGUUUGACAGAAAUGGUACAUGUACCCGUUUCACAUAGUUUAGACCUUUGCAUCCUUUUAACUGCUGUAAGUAUAUAUUAUAUACUUACAGCAGUAAAAAAGGAUGCAAAGGUCUAAACUAUGUGAAACGGGUACAUGAUUGAAAUCUAAAUUUCUUCUUGGGCUUCAGGUAUAAGGAAGGGUGGGGAUUUCACUUGUUGAAGUAUAUGAAAGGGUUACAAAAUCUGUCAUUUCGCUUAAAUCACAAAACCAGAAUGUUUUAUCAACUGUUUUCACUGCCAUAAAAUGCAUCUGUUAGCCCUUGGGCCUUUUUAGCGAGUGAAAUGACAGAUUUUGUAACCCUUUCAUAUACUUUAACUAGUGAAAUCCCCACCCUUCCUUAUACCUGAAGCCCAAAAAGAAAUUGGCAUUUCAAUGUCCCUUAUUUUUAUAGGAUUAAAUAUGGAAACCAUUCAUUACGAUACUAUAGCCCUAAUUCCUCUGUACGAAACUUACAAAGGAAUUACAUGCUGAGGAUAGUCAAAUGUAAGACUAAAAUUAGGAGAACAGACCUGACUGCCUUAAUUGAGGAUGGCUGUAGAAAUUGCAUGCUUUGUAAUAAUAAAUUUAUUAACUUUGAGACCCUAUGUUACAAAGCAGAAUUUUUAUCCUGUUAUCAUCUUUUUACGUGUAAAUAGGUUUAGAUUUUUUCCCACACUAGUUUUUACUAUUUGCAUUUCUAUCUUAACAUUAUUUCAAAACUAUUUUAAUAUUUGAUUUUAAUUUAUUUAUUUAUUUGAUUUUAAUUUUUGUGUCUCCAAUUAGUGCUAUGCACUAGAGAUUCUUGACACGUUAAAAAAGUUCACUACCACUACUACUACUAUUUGCAAACAAUGAGAAAGGAAUUUAACCGCUUGUUUCAGCAGACGUCUAUGGGGCAGGAAUGUGUGAUGACCACUAAGAAUGUCUGUGAAAAAGCCUGAGUUAAAAUAACCCUUGUUGCCUCUCUAAAUGAUUUAUAUUGUUGUCAGUGUACUGCAACUCAACUGUGCCUUCAUUUUGCAGGACUGUGACAUUGACAAAACAGACGAGCCCUCAAAUUUGAAAGGACAAAGCAGUUUUUUCCCUGAGGUAAAAUUUUCCCUAUUUUUUGUGAAUUCUAUCGACCUUAGGCUGCUAAAAUAAUUUUAGACAGACCUCUUUAUUCAUCUGCUACACAUGCACUUGCCACUCUUAAGUGGGUUCCAUUAGAAAGAAAGGCAUUUUAAGGGAAGAUGUAUCUAUGUGUAUGAGUGUUUAAAUGGACUCGUUGAGCAUGAUAUGAACUUCAUAAGACAGCAAGAACAACAUGAUUAUAAUACCAGAACUAAGCUGAAUCUCAAACUUCCAAGUGUCAAGAGGAAUUGGGGCAAACAACAAUCCAAAACGCAAACUGGCGAUUGCAUUUUUUCGCUGCCGUCAAUCAUCUUAACAGACCUCUUAGUAAACAAAACUUUAAAUGUUUAAAUGUUCAGCAGUCUACUAGUUUGUUCCCUUAUAAAUGGCCUGAUCCAGGGGUUGGUUUGUUUCACUUAGCUCCUGAUAAGCAUUUGUUUGUGUCGUUAAAAGUGGAUAAGUAUUGCAUAAAGUGCCCUUGACUUAAUUGAUUCUGUCAUUUGGAAUCUGAAACAACAUUAUUAACCCAACAUCCCUUGAUGAUUCAUUAAAAGCCUGAGUCUCUGCAGAUUUUUAUUCUUCAUUUUAUUUUUUUGACAUGAAGCUUCCAUUUCAGGCUCUUUUUCCUUGCUCACUAGGUUAUUAUAAAUGCGCUGGAAAAUAUUUUUACCUUCAUUACGUCAGGCAGGAUCAUGGAGGGUCACACGUAUUGGCUGGUGAAGGGUAUGUGUAGUGAUGUUUAGUCUUUUUUAAGCUAUUUCCUCGUAGUGACCAACAUCUGAGAAACUAAUUGCACAUUUUUUUCAUCAACAGGUGAUAAGGGAAAAAUUAAGUUACAUGAUCUGACGUCAAUUCGCCUGCAGGUAAUAGACUGUUUAAUAUGAGAGAAUGUUGCACAGAUGCUUUCCCUAUUUCCAGAUAUGUUUCAGCAUAACUCAUAAUUUCUUAACAUUAGAAAUGAGUUAAGAAUAUAAAGUUUCACCACCAUAUAUAAUUUCCUACCUGGAAGACAGUUUGUGAGUGUGCAUGCAGGUCGGAUGCAAUGUAGUUUCUUCAUCAUAACCAAAAAUUUAUAUGAAGUUUUGUGCCCUUUUUCCAAACAGGCAGUCCUUUUACCAAAUAAUAGUACAUGGAUGUUUUGUCUUUUUAUUUCAAAUUCUCUUCACUAUUAUAACAACAUUUCAAUGGAAAAUUGUAGCUCAGACUUAUUGCUAGGUGGAAGUCCAAAUAAAGGAGCACUUUGAACCCUGUUUUAGUGAAGUUGUAUAUUUGUCAAUUAAUGUGAAUUUUAAAUUAAAAUCUCUGACCUUCCUUGACCACCAUAAGACCUCCUUUUCACGUUUUUCUCUGCUUUAUUUACAAUUAACAGACGAACUAUGUCUGGAAAGACGAAUGUACACGUAUUACUGUGCUCAUGGCUGUGCUGUUUUACAGGUUAGUAUAGAAGAUGAUCUGAAAUUGACUGUUUAGGUGUGUGGGUGGAUAGAUGUUACUUGAAUUCUUGCUUAAGGCCAAAAAACAUGGUUAUGGAUUUGGAAACUGCUCAGGUAAGAGUUUGGAAGAAUGUGGAGAAUUAUUGUUCAGCAUUCCAAAAAUUCUGUAAAAUAACUCCUCUCCACAACCAUGAAAAGGGAAAGCAUGUCAAUUUUCCCUUUGAUCUAAGAGUCUUUUUUUCCACCUAUGAGUUUGAAUUUACAAGUCAUUAAUACGUGUAGCUAAUUUUACGUCAUAAAAAAUUGAUUCAUUGCUUGGUUUAAUUUGCAUAAAUUUUCCUUCACCAGAGUGGCAAACAACAUGUUAUUUAAGGAUUCACCAUUCAUAUUGACGUAAGUUUUUUCUUAAUCCCUUUUUGAGUUUAAAAUCAUUGCUAAAUGCAACUGCCUGUUACACAUUUUUGAUUUUAAAGGGAGAAGUAAUGUCUGAAUGGUCAACCAUCUCCUCUGCUCCUUUUAUUAAUUUUUAGACAUUUUAAUUGAACGUCUUAUAUCUUCCUUUUCAGAAAACACGGAACAAUCCACAAGUUACUGGAUAACUGCUUGGCUCUGACUUUAGACGGUGAUGACAGACUUCCAGAGGUAUGUCAAUAAAUUCUUUCUACCAUUGAAUUAUUCUAAGGUAGUAGUUUCAUGUUGGCAAAAUUCAUGUGAACAUUGAAAAGGUCACAGUUUUGAAAUAAACUAGUAUCAGAUUCUUUCUUACCUACAUGAUCCUGUAUCUACGCUUGUAGGGAUCGUUCUUGGUAGUUUUAAGCAAAAUUAUGUUUGGGCUCUUUUUGUCACGUGACUUCGUAAGUUUACAACUAUUAUGACACAUACUGAUACACAUUUUGACCUACUUCUUUGCAGAUUUUUGCAGCAGCAAGUUACUUGCUAUCAGACAAUUACACUGUAGCUGCUGACAAAGGAAAAAAGGAUGAUUAUGAGGCCCAACUUAGGAUGGCGCUGUCAUGUAUUGUAAAGGCAAGUUUCCAUAUUAUCACUUUCGUUAAAAUGGAGAUAAUGGAUAAACUACACGCUAUCCCUCAUCUAUUGCAGGGCCUUGCAUGUGUAAAGAAUGGUUUAGUACCUGAUGCUCAGUCUGUUGGUGGCCCUCGUUGGCGAAACAUGAUUGCCCGCGUAUUGUUCCAUAAAGCGGGGGCUAUGUACUAUUCAUUAGCCCGUAUGUGUUCUGCAGAGGGAAGGCUCGGUGGGGGAUUGAAGAACUGUGAGCUUGCUUUCAAGUGCAUCAAAGCAUCCUCUUCCCUCACUGCCGAAGGUGUCAUCAAAGAAGGUAGAUAUUUUACAUUCAAAUCUUAUUGGUUUGUUAUUUAAAUUUGUUAACCCAUACCAGUGAGCAGGUUUAACUUUCUAUUAUUACUAAGUCGGAAUUUAGACACAGUCUGAACAAGUUUACGGAAGAACAGCGUUUGAAUAAUCGGUAUUCAUGAUUUAAACAUGGGCUAGACGAUGACUUUCGUAAAUGCUGUCUAAACUUGAUGAAGUUAAAUUUAUUUAACCCAUUCGCCCCUGAACCGCCCGUAACCGCCCGUGCGGAUCCAGGUCCUUUCUACCCUUUGUGACGUCAUCAGUUUUAACGGUCAAGGACAACUUUUUUCGCUAACUUGUGCAGGGUGAAGAGAUCUUUCAAACCAUACCAGAAUGACCACAAUUCAGUCAAGGACACCGGAGAAAGAAGCAAAAAACCACGUGACAAGGACCUGAAAAUCUCCACGAAAAUCUUGUUCCAUUACCCACCUACCUUUCCUUUCACCUAAUCCUAAGAUCCUAAAAGCUUUCCUAAAAACUCUUCCCACCAAAAUGAAGCCUACUAAAUGCCCAGCAAGAGAAAAAAAAAUGAGGCAAGAAAAGCGAAAAAAGAAGGGAGGAGAGAAAGCGGAAAGUAAAAGUCAAGACUGCUGUGUCACUUUUAAACCCAAAAACUGUCGAAAUUUUGCUUUCUGCGCAUGCCCGAACUUCGUAAGCUGAUAUUUUGCAUCUGGAUCAGAAGGCCGCCAAGUGUACGACCUGUAAACCGGUUUGUGGUAAGUUUUAGCCCUUUAUAGCACGACAGUGACCAGAAAACCACUCGACUAGCUUCAAAACGCGUUUUUCGGCAAAAUCUCCAGGAGCGAAUGGGUUAACACAGUUAACAACGAGGAGCGAGGUCGUGGUCAGCGGUCAGUCCUUUGGCUCAAGCGCAGUCAGUCUUGCUUGCAUCACCUCCAUGUGCUUAGUACAGAGGCCACUCUCUUCGUGUAGCCUUUGGAUCAUUCUUUUACCCCCAUCCCUCCCCCCUUUACAUUUCCACUGAUAAAUCAGUGUGACAGGUGCCUGUUUCCAUUGGCGUGGGGGAUCAUGGCUGGAGGGCGUGGGUUUGCCAGCCAUGGAGGCGUAACUCUGGCUAGGGGCUGGCUGUGCCAAAAGUGAAAGCCCCUGGACAUCCUGGGCACCCACCUCCACUAAGCGACACAGUUGUUAAGUUUAAAUAAUCGGCCCUUAAUUUUCGCCCUUCAACUGUUUUCACAGAUUUCACGAAAAUUUAGGCAAACUUCGGUUGCAUUCUUCUAACCCAGAAAUUCCUUCACCGAUGUUAGAACAUAUUCGAAAAACAGUUCAUUCUAUCCGUGAAAGUGUACCGAGGUUUUUCCGACUCUGCUGACCUAUCUUGUAUUCAUCAUAGAUGACCAGCUGCUGGUUAAAACACAGUGUUUGUGUGGAGACCUCUACCUGAUGCUAGCAAAGUGUCUGGAAAACCUUAGCAAUCAUAAAGAGGAAUAUAUAGUCAUGAGUGAUGAUGACAGAAAAUUAUCUGAUGCUGCAGAAGAAGGUAUUUUUAGCAAAGAAGAGCAGUCCUGGA